AUCCUGGUGUAAUUGGCCUUUUGGAAGAUGUCUAAGAAAAUUCUGCCUUUCUCAGGGUCAUAGGCAGGCAAUUAGCUCAAGCUUAGAUUCCUUCACUGAAAAUACAUAGCUGCUCUGCCCAUUUUCUUCAGAAUUGGGUGUAAUGUAGUGAUUGGACUACAUAGAAAAAUAGCAAUGGAAUAACAUAGAGAAGAGAAGAAACUGGAGUUCUUCAAGAAGCUAAGGCAGAAAGCAGCAGUUUCUCCUGCUUAGUUCAGUACAUUGAGUUACUGCUUGAGAUGAAGUAGUAGCCAAUGUAAACUGCAGAGGAUAUUUGUGUGGUUUUCACAUGGCACCCUUCAGGAAGCAGAAGUAGAUGUAAUGAUAUUCUUGGUUGGCAUUCUGCUGCAUGGGCAGUGGGGUUAGAAGGGCAAAACAUCAUAUUUCUCUGUUUCUCCAGUUCUUCCCCAGUAAAUGGGUGAUCUCAGUCAUGUCAUUUGCUCUAGGUGUUUAGCAGGGUAUAGUUACUGUUGGGUUUCCCGUAAUAUGUUGGGCAGUUCUUGCCUGAAUUUUAGUUAUGGAAGAAUAAAAACACAUUGAAAAAUAUAUUUAAAUAAGCGAAGUGAAAAAUGUAAUAUACUAAGUGGGAGAACAGUACUAUGCACAUAGAGUUAUUUUCAAGGCAGGAGGUGACUGCAGGCCCAGAAGUCCAUGGCUGAGGCAGGAUCCAGAUGCCACUAGGGGCUGCUGCUGCUUUAAGGUGAGCUUGGGGGUGCCUUACUGGGACACUUACAUGCAUUUGCUUUACUUGGGCCUUCCUUUCUUCAGACUAGUUUUCUUCAUAGAAGUAACUUUUAGGAUAAUAAUGCCUUGAAGAGCAACAUCUUUUGUUUGUGUCUAUGGAGUGAUUAGCAAAUAAUAAACAUUUUGUAGUAAUUCUUUGCUUUAGCUUUUGUAACCCAUCUUAUGGAAAUGUAUUUAAGUGCUUCCAUGGGAAAAGCAACUGUGCUAGAAGGGUGUAUGCAGUUGAGUCCUGAGCUGGCCUCAGGCCUGGAAGUCGGGGAUAUAGAUUCAGUCCUGUCUCUGUAAAGAAGUAAAACAGUUUUUGGAUGACUCUAUAUACAGUGAUUGGGAAGCUUUUAAAUCUGAAGCUGCUGCUAAUAGUGGUAUGACUGCCACAGAUGGUGACAGUGUAGUACUUCAUGGUGUCGGAAACAACUGCGGGAUCUUACUCAGAGACUUUCUGUUGAAGAACAGAAAGGGAGGCUUCUUGCAGGAAUGUAGUACAGGUGUGUCACUUCUAAUACUUGUAUAUUUGAGGUAAUAGAGCAAAUGCCCUACCUAAGGAACAAGAAAUACAGACUACCAGUGACUGAUUACCAUACAGCUAUUGUUAGCUACCUAUGCAUGAUAUUGAAAAGAUGAGUUGUUACCUUAAACUGUGGUGUCUCAUUUCACAAAAAUCUUUAAAUAUAACAUUGCUGCUUUUUCAGUCUGUGAUGGGAGUGCUUUUACCAUAAAUAUUAGUCUGAUUAGGUAUGAGAACUUACUUUCCAGGAUCAUAUUAGAACUGAUAAUUUUUUUUACCUCUCUUCCCCAAUGGUUAAGGAUAAUACAACGUAGCUUUUGCAGUAUAGACUGUACAGCAAAGAAACUAAUAAAUGAAAAUUUUUCUUAAGAAAACUUUUUCUCCCUACAAAACAACCUUCUUCCUAAUUUGGAGAACUUCUUCCACCAGAUUCUGCAGACUUGUAGCAGGAUAAAAAUAUUCCUAUGUGUAUCAAAAAAAAUCAUAUCCUAGCUUUUUUUUCAGGGCUCAUUCUGUGUACACUUCAACCAGGUCAAGGUAACUGAUGUAUUUAGGUAAUGUCAAUGCAAACAUUAUUCUUGAAAGGAAAAUUGAAGUAUAUGCAGGGUAAUGGCUUUGCUGUAUAUAUUGAAUUAGCAGCUUCAUUAUUACUUGUGCAGCUUUUUUUUUUUUUUUUUUUAAUUUGCAGUUAUCACAAAGCUUUUGCAUGUGAAGGCUUUUGCAAGACAUCUUGGUUUUAGAUUUUUCCCUUCCACUGCCCCCGUCUGAUUUGCCAUAGAAGUAGAUGACAAGGUACUAAAGGUUGACGUAGUUGGAUAGAAAAACUGAUCUGAAAAGAAGUGUUGAAAUUAACAGAUGAUUUAUUUAUUGCUUUCAGACAAUAAAUCUGAUCUCUAAAUCUCUAAUGUUCACUAUGCCCUGCAAAGUUACAUUGUAAUAAAAAAAUAAAAUUCCACGAUAUAUAUUUUGUUGUAUUUUUCAUACUGACACAAUGUUCAUGUUCCCUUAUUCAAGUGUGGAGUCAAAUGGAAUGCAUAACAGGUAACUUUGUUUUAAAGAAAUGUUUAACAAUAAAAAAUUAAUUACCACUGUAUGAAUGCACUUGCCCCUUUUGUAAUGAAAAGCUUGUCACCUGUGGCAUAAAACAUGCUUGUUCCCUUGAACAUUAUGGAUUGAUAGUUGUGAAAAAGGAGACAUUUCUUGCUAGUGUCUACCCUUCACCCCUCUAAUGUAGGCUUCUGCAGUGAGCUGGGUGGCAGUUCCCAAAACAGAGGUCGCAUAACCCAAGGUGGAUUUACAUCCCACAUGGAAUCUGUUUGAAAAAGUCAAGACUUGUGGAACUGACAACCUGGGAACAGCAGUUGCUAAUGGGAGACUGUAGAAACUACUACAAUAGAAAAUAAGCGUUCAUUUCUGGUUGUUUAAGUGAUGUUUGCCACAAAGCUUGCUCUCGUAGUUAACCUUAAAACCACAGGUAAAGUAGGAGUAGAAAUAAAGUGUCUGAUUACCCAGUAUGUCGUAGAUGUUGAGUUUGAAUUGGAUUCAUGGGUUUUGUAUGACUUAAAGCCCACAGUUUAUUGUGUUGCCUGAAUUUAUUCACCCAGAAACAUCCUCCAACUCAGAAGUCUGUGCAUUUUUCUUGCCUUUUUUGUUGAUCCAGAUGCCACCAAGCUCAAUUUGGGAGAUGUGUAACUUAUUUGGGGGAUUGACCAGACUCAUUCUUCCCUUUCUGUGAUUAUCAAUCUAUUACCAUACUCAAAAAGGCCAAGUGUGUUUUGUGCACCUCUGCUUGCCUCUGUGGCCCUGACGUUUCUAGAACUGAACACUUCUGUGAAUGUGCUCCUGGGCUGUCACUGUAAAUUGAUGAUGAAGCUGGCUGCCAGCCUACAUCAAUUCAGGUACUUCGGCUGCAUUUUGUGUUUAACUCCUUAGGAAAUGCAAAGUUCUAACUGACCUGCACUCCCACUUCCCCUGCUUCUCUGGGAAGAGUCUCUGUGGCUUUUAACUGUUCAGAUUUGGCUGUCAUUUACCUUGAAAGAUAAAAUAUUUACUGAUGGCUUAUGAAAUCUUUGUUCAUUUAAAAAAUAUUCCUGGUCAGUGUGACCAGAGCUGAAAGGACAUACUGGUCCUCUCAUUUAUUUAAAUGAAUAUAUGCAUUCCAUAUGUUGGGGUUUUCAGUAGAAUGUUAAAUGUGCUUUGGUGCACAGAGGAAUAGCAAGGGACUAUCUGUCCUCGUCUCCUGUCCAGGGGGGUGUCUGUAAACCAAUGCUGAGGGAAGAGGAAGAACACUGUUAAUGUGUUCUGUGAUACUGACUCUGUUAAUUGGGCUGCUAUCAUCUAGAUAUCAGUUUGGGUCACAUGCCAGGUCAGCAUAACCUGGGCAAAAUCAAGCUAAUCUGUGGCAGACCAAAUGCAAGCACACAGCUGUGACUCAACCUAGGAAUUAAGUAAUGUGUUUAUUGUAAAUUCAUUGUAAAUGACCUAGUAAAACUUACUAGGAUAAGUAGAAGCUUUUAAACAGUUCUGCAAAGGGCUUAUGAGAUAAUCAGUGAGAUGCCAAGGUAUGACUUGACUUCCAUUAUUCCGUCUGAAGAGAAAGUAUGAUUGCAAAAUGAAAGUGUUUACAUAAACUGAUAAAAAACUUGAGAAUUCAGCAGAACACAGCCACGUGUUCCUGAGCUUUCUUCCAUAAAAGUCUCACCAUGUCUGGCAGAGCCUCAUUCGCCUUCACUAUGAGGGGAAUCAUAUUUUUACUAGUGCUCACCCUUGUAGGUAGCCAGAAGUUUGACUUUGACCCUGGAUUCAGUAGUAGGAAGAGCUACUUGUACAGUUAUGAAGGCUGGGUGUUGAAUGGGCUUCAAGAAAAGAAUUUAGCCAAAGCUGGCGUACGCCUGAGCAGCAAAGUAGAGAUCAGUGGGCUAUCAGAAAACACUUACCUCCUCAAGAUCCGCCCUCCACAAUUUGAGGAAUACAAUGGCAUCUGGCCCAGAGACUCGUUCACUCGAUCUUCCAAAAUCACCCAGAUGGUUUCCUCAUGCUUUACCCAGCCCUUCAAGUUUGAAUACAAUAGUGGACGGGUUGGAAACAUUUAUGGCCCAGAAGACUGUCCCAAUACUUGCAUUAACAUAGUGAGAGGAAUACUGAACAUGAUACAGAUAACCAUUAAAAAGUCACAGAAUGUGUAUGAAUUGCAAGAGGCUGGAAUUGGAGGUGUUUGCCAUACAAGGUACAUCAUCCAGGAAGACAGGAAGAACAGCCGGGUCUCUGUUACCAAAACCGUAGACCAAAAUAACUGCCAGGAAAAAGUGGUGAAGAGUGUUGGAAUGGCUUACAUCUAUCCUUGUCCUGUUGACAUGAUGAAAGAAAGGCUCGUAAAAGGGACUGCAGCUUUCUCCUACAAGCUGAAGCAGUCAGACAGUGGUACCCUGAUCACAGAGGUGGUGUCUCAGCAGGUGUAUCAGUUCUCACCACUCAGUGAACCUACUGGUGUUGCUGUCAUGGAAGCAAGACAACAACUCACCUUGCUUGAAGUGAGAAGUGAACGGGGCAGCUCCCCAGACCUUUCCAUGCAGAGCUAUGGAGGCCUGCGUUACCAGUUCCCAGCAGAAUUGCCACAGAUGCCAUUGCAGCUAAUCAAGAUGAAAAACCCUGAGCAACGGAUAGUUGAAAUACUGCAACACAUAGUCCUGAAUAACCAACAAGAUUUCCAUGAUGAUCUUCCAUACCGAUUCCUGGAACUUGUCCAGCUCUGCCGGAUAGCAAGUGCUAACGUGCUGGAGUCCACCUGGAGACAAUGUUCAGAUAAACCCCGCUAUAGGCGAUGGCUGCUGAGUGCAGUUUCUGCAACAGGCACCACAGAAGCACUCAAAUUCAUUAAGAGCAGAAUCCGCAAUGAUGACCUUAACCACCUUCAGGCUCUUCUAAGUGUUUCCUUUGCUCUCCAUUUAACCAAAGCUGAUGAACACACUGUUCCAAUAGCAGCAGAUUUAGUGACCAGUUCUCGAAUCCAGAAAAGUCCCCUACUUCAACAAGUUGCUAGCUUGGCAUACAGUUCUGUGGUCAAUAGAUACUGUUCUCAGACCUCAGCUUGUCCUAAAGAAGCUCUCCAGCCCAUCCACGACCUGGCAGAUGAAGCGAUCAGCAGGGGCCGUGAAGACAAAAUGAAAUUAGCUCUGAAGUGCAUUGGCAACAUGGGAGAUCCAACCAGCAUGAAGCGCAUCCUGAAGUUCCUUCCCAUAUUUUCAUCCAGUGCUCCUGAGAUCCCCAUCCACAUUCAGAUUGAUGCCAUAAUGGCCUUGAGAAAAAUAGCUUGGAAAGACUCCAAAACUGUGCAGGGAUAUCUCAUCCAGAUCCUUGCAGAUCAGUCGCUUCCCCCUGAGGUGCGCAUGAUGGCUUGUGCCGUUAUCUUUGAGACAAGACCUGCCCUUCCUUUGAUAACAACAAUAGCCAAUGUGGUGAUGAAGGAGAGCAAUUUGCAAGUGGCAAGUUUCGUGUAUGCCCACAUGAAGGCUUUGGCAAAAAGCAGGUUGCCGUACACGUACAACAUAUCUUCAGCUUGCAAUAUCGCCCUUAAGAUGCUGGCCCCCAGAUUGGACAGGCUGAGCUAUCGGUAUAGCAAGGUGAUACGUGUUGGUGCUUACUUCGAUAACUAUAAAGUUGGUGCUGCUGGAGACAUCUUUAUUAUGAACAGCCCAGGAACAAUGUUCCCAUCAGCAAUAAUUUCCAAGCUGAUGGCAUAUUCUGCAGGGUCAGUGGCUGAUUUGGCGGAGGCUGGUGUCCGCGUGGAAGGCCUCACAGAUGUCAUCAUGAAACGAAAUAUCCCAUUUGCUGAAUAUCCCACAUACAAAAAGAUAAAGGAGAUUGGAAAAGCUCUGUUGGGAUGGAAGGAGCUGCCAACAGAAACCCCCUUGAUAUCAGCCUACUUGAAACUCUUUGGCCAAGAGCUGGCCUACAUCAGCAUCAAUAAGGAAGUCCUACAACAGGCUGUGAAGACUGUGCUAGAACCUGCUGACAGGAACACAGUGCUGAAGAGACUCAUUAGCCAAAUCCACAGUGGCAUUGCAGGACAAUGGACACAACCAGUGUGGCUGGGAGAGCUGCGAUACAUCGUGUCUACCUGCACCGGUCUGCCACUGGAGUACGGGUCAUACACGGCUGCUCUGGCCCGGGCAGCAGUCAGCAUUGAUGGAAAGAUAACCCCCCCUUUAACUGGAGAUUUUAGACCUUCACAGUUGCUUGAAUCCACUGUGCAGAUUCGAUCCGACAUAAACCCAAGCUUGUAUGUACAGACAGUUGCAACAAUGGGUGUCAACACAGAAUACUUCCAACAUGCUGUUGAAAUUCAAGGCAAGGUCCUGACAAGAGUGCCAAUGAAGUUUGACACCAAGAUAGAUGUGAAACUGAAAAAUAUUAAGAUUGAAACAGAUCCAUGUCAUGAGGAAACUGAGAUAGUGGUUGGAAGACAUAAGGCUUUUGCUGUAUCAAGAAAUAUAGGAGAACUAGGUGUUGAAAAGAGAACUUCAAUUCUCCCAGGGGAUGCUUCAUUAAAUAUUGUGGAAGAACCUUUCAAACCAUCAGAGAGAGCUUCCAGUGAAGGUUUCACAAAGCAAGAAGCCGACAGCAUGGCAAGGAAACAUGCUGAUAGCUCUCAAGAGGAUCUUCGCCAUGUCACAGGAAGAAAAACCCAUAAACGAGACAUUUGUGUCAAAAUGCAUCACCUUGGUUGUCAGCUCUGCUUUUCCAGAAGGUCACGAGAUGCCAGCUUCCUAAAAAAUACAUAUUUGCACAGAUUAAUUGGAGAACACGAAGCUAAAAUAGUCUUGAUCCCAGUUGAAACAGAUGCUGAUAUUGACAAAAUUCAGCUGGAGAUUCAAGCAGGAUCCAGAGUGGCUUCCAAAAUAAUUCAAGAGGUAAACUCAGAGUCUAAGGAAGAAGAUGAACCAUCUCUAUAUAAGGACAUUCAAGCUAAACUGAAGAAAAUUCUAGGCAUUGAAAAUGUGUUCAAGGUUGCAAAUAAAACACGACACCAGAAGAAGCGACCUUCAAAGAAAGAAAACAUUGUGCUAAGAGAGCUUGGGACAGACCCCGAUGCAAAACGUCCCUUCAGCUCAUCUUCUGCCUCCUCAGCUGCCUCCUCUUCCUCAUCAUCUGCUGUUUCUCCUGAUCAUAAAAAGGCUGUGGAUGAAGAUGAGAAUGAUCAAGAAAAGCAAGAUACAAGCAGCAAGAGCAGCAGUAGUGGCAGAAUUAGCAAGAGCAGCAGCAAGAGCAGCAGCAGCAGCAGCAAGAGCAGCAGCAGCAGCAGCAAGAGCAGCAGCAAGAGCAGCAGCAGCAGCAGCAAGAGCAGCAGCAGCAGCAGCAAGAGCAGCAGUAGCAGCAGUAGCAGUAGCAGCAGCAGUAGCAGUAGGAGCAGCAAGAGCAGCAGUAGCAGCAGGAGCAGCAAGAGCAGCAGUAGCAGCAGGAGCAGUAGCAGCAGGAGCAGUAGCAGCAGCAGUAGCAGUAGGAGCAGCAAGAGCAGCAGUAGCAGUAGGAGCAGCAAGAGCAGCAGUAGCAGUAGGAGCAGCAAGAGCAGCAGUAGCAGUAGGAGCAGCAAGAGCAGCAGUAGCAGCAGCAAGAGCAGCAGUAGCAGUAGCAGCAGCAGUAGCAGCAGUCAUCAUAGCCAUGGGCAUCACUCAAGGCAUCUGAAUGGCAGCAGUAGCAGCAGCGAGUCAUUGAGCCGCUAUAGCCAUGGGCAUCAUUCAGGACAUUGGGAUGGCGACAGCAGCAGCACAUAUUCCAAAAUAUGGGAAGUUCAUGAGAUUUACCAGUACCGCUUUAAAUCAGCACAUAGACAAGAGUUCCCAAAAACAGAACUCCCAACUGACCGACUUAGCAGCUCGUACUCUUCUACCAGAUCCAGUCGUGCCUCAUCUAGACCUGCUUCCCGGCCUAAGUUUUUGGGAGAUGUUAAAACACCAGUAUUAGCUGUUUUUCUUCAUGGCAUCCAUAACGAUAAGAAGACAGGAGGCCUCCAGCUCGUGAUAUAUGCUGUUAUUGACUCCAUCAGGCCCCAGAUGCAGGUAUUUGUGUCAAACCUCACAGAUUCAAGCAAGUGGAAGCUCUGUGCUGAUGCUUCAGUCCUCAAUGCUCACAAGGCAGUGGCUUACUUGAAAUGGGGAGAGAAUUGCCAGGACUACAAGAUUUCGACUGAGCUGGUGACUGGGCGGUUUGCUGCCCACCCUGCUGUACAAGUGAAACUUGAGUGGCCUAAAGUUCCUUCCAGUGUGAGAUCCAUAGCUGAAUGGUUUUACAAGUUCAUCCCUGGGGCUGCACUUAUGCUGGGGUUCUCUGAAAAAACAGACAAGAAUCCUUCUCGACAAGCCAGAGUGAUCGUGGCUCUAACUUCUCCAAGGACGUGUGAUGUUGUUAUCAAGCUUCCUGAUAUUAUCCUCUAUGAAAAAGCCAUGAGGCUUCCCCUGUCACUUCCUGUAGGUCCGAGGAUACCAGCCUCAGAGCUGCAGCCUCCCAUCUGGAAUGUCUUUGCUGAAGCUCCCUCUGCAGUGCUCCAGAAUUUGAAAGCUCAGUGCUCAGUUUCCUACAACCAGAUCACAACCUUUAAUGAAGUUCAGUUUAACUACACGAUGCCAGCAAACUGCUACCACAUCUUGGCUCAGGAUUGCAGCUCUGACCUUAAGUUCCUGGUGAUGAUGAGGAAUGCUGAAGAAGCUGUGAAUCUAAAAGCAAUCAACAUCAAGAUUGGCAUUCAUGACAUUGAUAUGCGUCCUGCAAACGGACGGGUGAAGCUGCUGGUAGAUGGAGUUGAAAGCCCCAUGACAAAUGUUUCAUACACAUCUGCUGGUGCUUCUCUGUGGAUCCACAGUGAAAAUCAAGGGCUUGUACUUCUCGCCCCAGCCUAUGGCAUUGAUAAAUUGUACUUUGAUGGAUACACAUUCAGGAUUCAAGUUGCUUUAUGGAUGGCAGGGAAAAUGUGUGGAAUAUGUGGAAAAUAUGAUGCUGAAUGUGAAGAGGAAUUUCGGAUGCCCAACGGAUAUGUAGCUAAAAAUGCAGUGAGCUUUGGGCAUUCUUGGAUUUUGGAAGAAAAGCCUUGUAGAGGAGUCUGCAAACUGCGACGCUCAUUUGUGAAGCUUGAGAAGACAGUUCAACUCGCCGGUGUAGAGUCCAAGUGCUAUUCCACAGAGCCAGUGCUGCGCUGUAUGAAAGGAUGCUCUGCCACCAAGACUACUCCAGUCAGUGUUGGCUUCCACUGUCUCCCUGCUGAUUCAGCUACCAGCCUGACAGACAAACAGACGAAGUUUGACCAGAAGUCAGAGGAUAUGCAGGACACUGUUGAUGCACACAUAGCAUGUUCUUGUGAGGAUGAAGACUGCAGUGCGUGAAGCUGUACAUUGCAGCAUGGGAAAAAACAGAAAUACUUUCAUGUUUUUAUUAUACGGUGUAAAAAGCCUUGGCUAAAGGAAUAAUAGAGACACUAAAUUGUUUGAGGAUGUGUGGAAUCUUCUCAAGUAAUUUAAAGUAUUAAACUUAAUUAUUGUAGAAACUGUUAUGAUUGCCCAUAAAUAUCUGAUUUCAUAAUAAAUCCAUGCAUGGAAAAAAUUA